AUGACGUCGUCUGCGAACCAGCAGAACUCGGUCUCGGCUACGAACAAUACUGCGACUGCGGUUCCUUCUUAUGCCUCUGCUGCAGGUGUAUUGAAGAAGUCUGCAUCUCAGUCGCCAGCUGUCAUAACUGGCUCCCAACCCCCUGUGGUCGUUGGAUCUUCGGCGUCGCCCGCGCAGAAUGCAAAGCCCGCCUCAACUUCUUCUCUGAACGGCAAAUCCGCCGUCACUCCCGCAAUUCCAGCUGUCGCUCGAGGCAGCUCGGCCUCCAACGGUAACCACACUCGACAGAGCUCCGUCACCAUGGCGGCAAACGGCCCCAACAGCUAUAUAUCCAACGGCGGUCCCGUCGGUGGUGCAAAGUCUGGCAUUCAGUUCGGUUUCGAUUCACCUGCCAUGGCUCAUAGCACUCCCCAGACCGGAUCAUCCGCCCCUAUCCCAAUCCCUGGCGGCAACGCUCGAGUUCCCUCCCCAGCGCACUCUCCAUCCCCGAUCCCACAGCCAUCCGCAAGUGGUGGACGUCCUCCCUCCGGCCUUCAACAACCAGCCAGUCAGAUGACUUUUGGAAGUCUUAGUAGCGAUGGCGAGCGCCACAUGAGACAAGGCUCGGUUCCUCCCAACCCUGUUACGCUCGGGGGUCAGCAGCCUGGCGCUCACUUCCGACGAGAAUCCAACCACUCUGUCCAGAGCGAUCAUGCCGGACGUGGUAACUUUACACCCCAAGCCGGUCGCGGUCGAGGUUUCAACCCUCACAGCAGCUCAUACAACAACCAGAUGGGCUACCCGCCUAACAACCAGUUCCGAAACGGACAAGGCCGUGGCAUGGCUCCUUCGUUCCAACCGUCACCCCGAAACAUGUACCCCAACUCGCCUCAGCCAAAUCGCAGCCCUCUGCUUGUGCCAUCGAUGCCUGGAACGCCCAAUAUGCCUCCUGCCAACAUGCAGCCGAACAUGUCCAUGCAGACCCCUCCCCAGUACCAUUACGCGCCCCCGAUGCCGCCCCAACAUCAACAAGUACAACUCCCCUUUUAUUCUUUGUCAAUCAAAGCCCAACCUUUCAAGCCCUUCAAGAAAGUCAAGUCCCAUCGUGAGAGCGACAGACUUCAUCACCAACCUGGACGCCGGUCUGAUUCUGUUCGUGAACUGUGCAAUAAUGAUUCCAACCAGCCGAAUCGCCGUUCGAAUAGACGGGGAGAUCAUUCUUCGACUGAACAUGACCUGGACAGCACACUUGCAGUUUCUGACGACGCCAGGAGAAAACCCCUUCAACAAACCUCCCCUCCUAAUGCCAUCAACUCAACCGCAUCAGCCUCUCUUGAUAUGUCACCAGGAAAUUAUGAACAUCUUUUGCUAACUAUGAAACGUCAGAACUUUGGCUUCCCGCCUCAACAAUUAGACCAGUAUGGUCGCCCGUAUGGCUACAAUAUGCCAUACAUGCCCCCCCCACAAGCUAACUCUCCAGGCUACAACCAGACCUUUGUCCCUCCACCUUACCAACAACCAGUUCACAGCAUGUCGAGGACGCCCUCGCAGCCUGAGAGACCUUCAAGUGCCAACCAACAGGCCCCAGCUGUUGCCAUGGGAUCAAGCAACAAAUCAACGACGCCCGCUCAGACCAAUUCAGCAUUUGUCAAGCCAAAGAAGGGUGCCGCUAUCCCCAUCAAGUCCCUCAGCGGCGAGGUUCUCGAUACCACCAGCUUCAAGGUUCCUCUGUCCCCAGCCCUUGGCAUCCAGCAUACCAAGACGCCUCCUGUUGCAGCCUCUACGCCUACACCACCACCAAAGUCAUCUACCCCAGGCCACUCCCGCACUGAUAGCGCCGCAGCCCCCAAGACGGCUAAGCAGAUCCAGGAUGAGCUCAAGGAAAAGAUUAAGCAGGCCACUCUGGCCUCCAAGAACAAGGAGGAAAAGCCUGCAGCACCAGCCAGCCCGGCUCCAGAGCCUACCCCCGAGGCCCCCAAGAAGGAAGCAGAGGCACCCGCAAAGCCCACGCCAGCACCCGCCGCUGCUGACGUGCCUAAGAAGGAGGAGCCCGUGCAGGAGAAGGAGCCAGAAAAGCCAUCUGCCCCAGCCCAGGAAACCCCGGAGGAAGAGAUGGAGCGUAUCAUCCGUGAGAUGGAGGAGGCUGAUGCCAAACGUGAAGCUGAGGAGGAGGCUCAUCGCGUCAAGCGAGAGGCCGAGAAGGCUGCCGAGAAGCAAAAGGCCGAAGAAAACCGAAAGGCAAAUGCUGCAGACGAGGACAAGAAGCUUCGCGACCAAGAGCGUGAGAUGGAAAGGCUUGAGGAGGAAAAGGAGAAGAAACGCCAGGAGGCAGAGAAGUCCGGCAAGGCAUUUUCAGUCGCAGAUGCCUUGGCAGGAAAGGCUGCUCCCAAGGAGGCCGAAGGCUCCAAGGUUGAUGCCGUCACAGACAAGCUCGCCAGCAUGAAGCUGGCUGGCGAGAAGGGCGAUGCGAAGCCCACCACCGCCGAAAAACGUGGUGCGAAGCCCGCUGCUCUCAACCUGGCACCUCUGAUCACCAAGCCUGUGGAACCUCCUCAACCCAGUGCUGCUCUCCAAUCCCUCAAAUCUGCACGCUUUUUGCAGAUCAUGGAUCAGGAGAUCUACCCAGCCGGCAUUCGGUCCCCCAACCCAGCUCUCAAUGCUGCUGUGGCAAAGAAGGGGAAGACAUUCAAGUAUGACGCUAACUUCCUCAUGCAAUUCCAGAAGGUCUUCACCGAACAACCUUCACUAGAAUUCCACCAGCAAGUCAAGUCUCUGAUCGGGGACAAUGAUGGCAGUCGUUCUGCCUCUGGCCGCGGGGCUCAAACCCCAGGCUCCGGAAGACAAUCUUCUCGUGGAGGUGGAGGCGGCUUUAACAUGGGCGCUUUCAAUGCUCCCAUGCGCCCAGCAGGCUCUACAUCAGCAGAGCGAUUCCAGCAAGCUAGCGUGGGUCGAGGAUCAAUCACUCCUAUGAAUUCUUUCCAACGCCCUGGAGGUGCAUUCCCUAUGUCAUCAGGCAUGGGAUCACGCACACCUUCUCAAGGUAGUGGCAUGGGCCCCUCUUCAGGUUCUCGAACUGGCAGUCGAGCGAACCGUAACAGCCGACGCCCACAAGACCAGUCUGCCAAGGAUGCUAAGACCAUGCCUCUCACAGCUGGUCAGGAGGUCAAGCCUAUUGCCGUAACUUCGACUGGUUGGAAGCCAACCAGCAUUGGACGGGGCGCCGCAGGAGGAGGAGCCGCAUCCUCAUCUACUCAUCUUGACCCUGAGAUGGUCCAGAGAAAGGUCAAGGCUGCCCUCAACAAGAUGACUCCGGAUAACUUUGAAAAGAUCUCCGACCAAAUUCUUGUUAUUGCUUCUCAGUCUAAGGAUGAGACCGAUGGCCGAACUCUGCGCCAAGUCAUCCAACUGACCUUUGAGAAGGCUACUGACGAAGCCCACUGGGCCUCGAUGUACGCCAAGUUUUGCAAGAAGAUGCUUGAAACAAUGAAUCCUGAAAUUCACGACGAGCGCAUCAAGGACAAGAAUGGCAACGUUGUUAGCGGUGGCAACCUGUUCCGCAAGUACCUUCUCAACCGAUGCCAAGAAGAGUUCGAACGUGGCUGGCAAGUCAAUCUUCCUGAACCUAAGGAGUCUGAGGAGAACAAAAAGCCAGGCGAGGCUGUCAUGCUUUCAGAUGAAUACUACACGGCUGCUGCUGCCAAGCGAAGAGGUCUCGGUCUCGUGCAAUUCAUUGGUGAAUUGUACAAGCUUGGUAUGCUUACUGAGCGCAUUAUGCUCGAGUGCGUGCACAAGCUCGUGGACCAUAAGGGGGUUCCAGACGAGGCCGAGAUCGAGUCACUAUCCAAGUUGCUGCGCACUAUUGGAGCCAACCUGGAUAGGUCUGAAAAGGGCCGCCCAAUGAUGGAUGUUUAUUUCGAUCGUAUUCAACAGAUGGUUGACUCUCCCGAUCUGGCCAGCCGAAUGAAGUUCAUGCUCAUGGAUGUUUUGGAUCUCCGUAAAUCCAACUGGCACUCCAAGGAGACUAACAAGGGCCCAAAGACGUUGGAGGAGGUCCGUGCAGAGGCCGAGGCUGCUCAAGCUGCAAAGGCUCAGGAGAACGCAAGGAGCAACCAGCGCGGUGGAGGUGGUCGUCCGGCCAUGGGCCGCGGUGACGCACGAAACUUCUCUACCGGAAAUUUCCAACAGAAUAGCAACCAGGUCAUCGGAGACGACCUGAGACGCCUCAAGGGUUCCGCCAACCGGUCAUCAAGCGGAAAUGUGACCCUCGGUCCCACAUCGAUGUUCUCUUCACGCAGCAAUAGCGGCCGACGAAUGGGUCCUGGCGGAGCGCUGGGUAGGCCAGGUGAAGACUCUGGAGCAUCGUCUCGAACGGGAACCCCCCCGGUUCGGGAAAACUCAUCUUCAAAUGCAUUCAGUUUGCUUGCGAACAUGGAUAACGAUCACCCGGCUUCGCCUCCGUCAACUGCCGUCUCACCAGCGAUCUCGAAAGCUGUCCCUGCUGGCGACAAGAAGGAUGGCGAGUAA